UUUGUGUUCGUUUUUCCAUCCUGCAACAAGGUUUUUCAGGAAAAGUUUGUUAGUUUCCAGUACCAGUGCUGAAUACGUAGAGUGUUAUUAGGUUUUAGUUGUUGUACGUUUCUGUACGUUUCGAGUAAAAUGUCCGAGCCCACGCCAAAUUCCACCAUCGACCCGGAUGACACCAUCAAGAUUUUGGUGGCCAGUGAUAUCCACCUGGGAUACAACGAGAAGGAUGUGAUUAGAGGAGAGGACAGCUUCAUUGCUUUCGAAGAAGUGCUGCAGCACGCAUUGGAAAAUGAUGUGGACGCAAUCAUCCUCGGGGGCGACCUGUUCCAUAUUGCUAAUCCUUCCACGAACACGCUGAACAGAUGUUCUCGUCUGUUGAAAACGUAUCUGUUGGGUGAUAAACCCAUUAAGUUGGAAUUUCUCAGCGACCAGAACGAAAACUUCCUGGAAUCGCUGAACAAAACGGUCAACUACGAGGACCCAAAUAUGAACAUUGCCAUUCCGGUGUUUUCAAUCCAUGGCAAUCACGAUGAUCCCAGCGGCUUUGGCCGGAUCAGCUCGCUGGAUCUGUUGAGUACGAAUGGAUAUGUGAACUACUUCGGCAAGUGGACGGAUUUGACAAAGAUUAAUAUCAGUCCAAUUCUGCUGAAGAAAGGCGAGACCAAAAUGGCACUGUACGGAUUGAGCUAUAUUAGUGAUGCAAGAUUGGCCCGGCUGUUCAACGAAGCCAAAGUUUUCUUGGAGAAGCCGGAAGAUACCGAUUGGUUCAAUGUGAUGGUGGUUCAUCAGAACCGGGCAGAUCGGGGACCGAAGAAUUAUCUGCCGGAAAAAUCAUUGCCAGCUUUCUUGGAUCUCGUAAUUUGGGGGCAUGAACACGAUUGCCGUAUUAUUCCGGAGGAAAAUCCUAACAAGAAGUUCUAUGUCAGUCAGCCAGGUUCAACAGUGGCUACUUCUCUGGCCGAAGGCGAAGCUCUGGAUAAGUGUUGUGGAAUUCUCAGCAUCCACAAGAGUUUGUUCCGUUUGGAUCCGAUUCGGUUGCAAACGGUAAGGCCGUUCAUUUUCGAAUCGGUAAACAUGGCCGAGUACUUCGAUGAACUGGGCUUGGAUGAGGGUGAUGUGCAGCAGAAGAUGCAGAAUUUUGCCGCUGAGAGAAUUGAAGACAUGAUUAAAAGAGCUAAGGAAAAGUUGACCGGAAACGAGAAGCAGCCAAAAGUGCCAUUGAUUCGGUUGCGAUUGGAAAUCACCGAUGUAGAGCAACAGUUCAACGCCAUCCGCUUUGGGCAGCAGUACAGUGGUCGUGUUGCCAAUCCACAGGAUAUGAUCGUCUUCAAAAAAAAGAUCACCAAGGCUAAGGAUGAACUGAAGCCAUUGGACAAAGAUGCGUUAUUGGAAGCGUAUCAAAACCAAGGGAAAGCAACUGCCAAUCGCGCUGAAGAAGUUGUAGAUAGGUAUUUCAAGGAAACAGAUGAAGAUAAGCAGCUGGAACUGCUGUGCUCUAAGAGUAUGAGUGAACUGACGAAACGAAUGGUCGAUUACGAGGAUGACGAUGCUGCAGACUGCAUAAUCAAGUUCUACGAACGCCAAGUGAUGAAUCACCUGGAAGGGCAGGCGGUCAACGAGGAUAAUAUCGAUGAAGUACUGGAAGGCUUUCGUUCGAAGGAGCGUGACACGUACAAUGAUAUGCUGAAAAUGUUGGAUUCGCGCAACCAGAAGGGACCACUUGCUACAGAUUCAACUAGAUCGAAUGCCCAUGAUAGCGACGAAGACAUUGAUGAUAAGCCGAAAGCCAAUUCUACUUCAAUAUUUGUGCCACCUGUGACAACUGCUGGUACAGGACGUGGCGGAAAGGGAAGUCGGGGUGGGCGAGGAUCGCGAUCAACUGCUGCUUCAAAUUCCACUGGCCGAGGCAGGGGUCGGGGCAGAGGGGCGUCCAACAGUUCGAGUAGUAAGAUUGAUUUCUUCCUGACUCAUACGACGAAACCGGUCGUUAGUUCUCGUGCAAGCAGCCGCAAUAUUUCCAAAGUGGUGUAUAUUUCCGAUGAGGAUGACGACGAAUAAGAGUCAAUAUUAUAAUACCUUAGAUAGGCUCGUUCGAUACAUUCCUAGUUUGCGGAGUCGAGCUCUCUUUGAAAGUAGGUACCUUUCUGUUGUUUUUACCAUCACAUAAGUCAUGUUGAAAUGAAGAAAUAAAAUUUUUGUCGUAAACCGUGCCAAA